ACAUUGUCCCACGGUAUGAAUCUGUCCCAACUCCAAUCUCCUUCACCAUUCUCUCUCUCUCUCUCUCCGAGCUUCUAAAAAACUGAGUUGAGACUGUUAACCUGGAGCUUCGGCACAAUUCUAAAACCAAAUGGGAGCUGAUUUUACGUUUAUAAAGUUGCUUCUUACACAUGUUAUCUUCACCACUACGUUGUUUUACUUUGCAACCGGAUUAGCAGCCACUGCUAAGCUUCAUAGUGAUGAAGUGGAGGUAUUGAAAGAGAUAGGGAAGAAACUAGGGAAGAAAGAUUGGGAUUUUGGGGUAGAUCCUUGCAGUGGAGAAGGAGGGAAUUGGAGAGUAUGGGAUGGAAGGAAAAGCUUUGAGAGCAAUGUGACAUGUGACUGCACCUUCAACCACAAUUCCUCUUGCCAUGUUGUGAGCAUAGCUUUGAAGACACAAAAUCUAUCAGGCACUGUUCCACCAGAGUUUUCCAAGCUCCCCCACCUCAAAUUUUUGGAUCUCUCUAAAAACUACUUUACUGGUUCUAUACCUUCCCAAUGGGCUACCAUGCGCUUGGUCGAGCUCUCUUUUAUGGGGAACAGCUUGUCAGGUCCCUUCCCAAAAGUUCUCACCAACAUCACCACUCUCAGAAACCUGAGUAUCGAAGGAAACAGAUUUUCAGGAACCAUUCCACCAGAGAUAGGAAAGUUGAUCCAUUUACGAAAACUUAUGCUAUGCUCGAAUGCUUUCACAGGAGAGCUGCCAGUUGCACUUGCCAAGUUGACCAAAUUGGUUGAUAUGAGGGUAAGUGACAAUAAUUUCUCUGGAAAGAUACCUGAUUUCAUCAGUAAUUGGACAAAGAUUGAAAAACUGCAUAUGGAGGGUUGCUUUCUUAAGGGGCCAAUACCUUUGAGCAUUUCUGCUUUAACAAGCUUAAGGGAUCUGUAUGCAAUUAUACUACUUUAUCGUUUAAUUCCUUCCAAAAAAAUGUUAUAUAGUGAUAGUUUGUGUACUGUGAUAUUUAGGAGGAUAACUGACCUAAAACAUAGAGGGUCUACAUUCCCGCCAUUGACUAAUUUGAAAUCCAUGAAGACGCUGAUACUGAGGAAGUGUCUAAUUUAUGGAGAGAUCCCAGAGUAUAUUGGAGAAAUGACAAAACUUAAAAACCUUGACCUCAGCUUUAAUGAAUUGAGUGGUGAAAUUCCAAAAUCAUUCAUCCAACUUCAACAAGUAGAUUUCAUUUAUUUGACAGGGAACAAGCUCACUGGAACUAUACCACCAUGGGUCUUAGGAAGAAACAAGUAUAUGGAUGUUUCUUACAAUAACUUCACUUGGGAAAGCUCAAGUCCAACAGAAUGUGUUCAUGGGAAUGUAAACUUAGUGGAGAGCUACUCUUCAUCAGCAGAUAAAUCAAGUAAAAUUCAUCCAUGCCUAAAAAGGAAUUUCCCAUGUCCUUCUAUAAAAAAUCGACGUCAUUACUCAUUGUACAUUAAUUGUGGCGGUAAGGAAGCAAAUGUCCUCGGUAAGAAGUAUGAAGAUGACACAGAACAAAGAGCUGCUUCCAUGUUUUACACGGGUCAGGGCUGGGCAAUCAGCAGCACUGGGAACUUCCUGGACAAUGAUAUUAAUUCAGAUAUCUACAUUGUAGCUAAUAGUUCAGCACUCUCAAAUGUAUCUAGGCUUGAUUCAGAACUGUACACAACAGCACGUGCUUCUCCCCUCUCUUUGACAUAUUAUGGACUGUGUCUCAUGAAUGGGAACUACACUGUUAAGCUCCACUUUGCAGAGAUUAUUUUCACCAGUGACAGAUCAUUUAAGAGCCCUGGGAAACGUAUAUUUGAUGUUUACAUCCAGGACAAGUUGGUCCUGCAAAAUUUCAAUAUAGAAGACGAGGCAGGUGGAGCUGGUAAGCCUCUUGUGAAGACAUUUACUGCAGCUGUUACAAGUCAUACAUUGAAGAUUCACUUUUACUGGGCUGGGAAAGGGACAACAGGCAUCCCACUUAGAGGAGUGUAUGGUCCUCUUGUAUCAGCUAUAUCAGUAGAUCCUAAUUUCAAAACUCCUUCAGAUGAUAACAAAAAAAGACAGCUCAUGAUAGAAGUUGGGACAGCGGCUGCAGCAGCUUUUAUCAUUUUUCUUGCCCUGUGGGUCAUGAGGAUGAAAGGCUGGCUGGGAGGCAAAGUCUCUGUAGACAAAGAGCUUAGAGGUAUAGAUCUGCAAACAGGAUUAUUUACAUUACAACAGAUCAAAGCUGCCACCAAGAACUUUGAUCCUGUAAACAAACUUGGGGAAGGUGGUUUCGGUGUAGUUUACAAGGGUCAAUUAUCAGAUGGCACAGUAAUUGCAGUAAAACAACUCUCCUCAAAAUCUAAGCAAGGAAAUCGAGAAUUUGUGAAUGAAAUCGGCAUGAUAUCUGGAGUACAACAUCCAAAUCUAGUAAAGUUGUAUGGAUGUUGCGUUGAAGGGAACCAGUUAUUGCUGAUUUAUGAGUACAUGGAAAAUAAUUGUCUAUCUCGUGCACUUUUUGGGAAGGACACAACAUGCAGAUUGAAACUGGACUGGCCUACCAGGCAGAAAAUUUGCCUAGGUAUAGCUAGAGGUUUGGCCUACCUCCAUGAGGAGUCAAGGCUAAAAAUUGUGCAUAGGGAUAUAAAGACAAGCAAUGUAUUGCUUGAUAAGGAUUUCAAUGCUAAGAUUUCUGAUUUUGGUUUGGCAAAACUAAAUGAAGAUGACAAUAGUCACAUCAGUACCCGGGUUGCUGGAACAAUUGGUUAUAUGGCUCCUGAGUAUGCAAUGCGUGGUUACUUGACUAACAAAGCAGAUGUUUAUAGCUUUGGAGUUGUUGCAUUAGAAAUUGUCAGUGGAAAGAGCAACACAAACUAUCGGCCAAAGGAAGAAUUUGUUUACCUUCUAGACUGGGCCUAUGUUCUGCAAGAAAGAGGCAGUCUAUUGGAGUUAGUUGAUCCAGGCUUGGGUUCAGAAUAUACAACAGAGGAGGCAAUGGUGAUGCUAAAUGUGGCUCUCUUGUGCACCAAUGCAUCCCCCACUCUUAGGCCUAUAAUGUCCCAAGUAGUAAGCAUGCUUGAAGGCCGAACUGCCGUGAAAGAACCACUUUCUGGUCCAGGAUUUUCAGCAAAUAAUUCCGAAUUGAAGACCAUAAGAAAUCACUUCUGGCAGAAUCCAAGCAGAACCCAAAGCAUGAGUAUUGAAAGUCCAUAUACUGAUUCCACCACUUCAUAUAUUGAAUCAGAAGUGGCUGGCCAUCUUUUAGGUGUUAAUUCAAUUGAUUCUCAUGAAUCAUCAGUAAUUAAUGUACAGUCUGUACCAUAAUGUCAUACAUUAUAUAGAUAUAUAGUUGUAAAGAAACAAAGUGAUUUUCUAA